UUCAGAGGCCUGCUGCCGUUGUCCGAAGGCAGGGAAAGCCCGGCCCUCCAGAGUCCUGGCUUCCCCGCGGCCCCUUGACCCGGUAGCCUCUCCACGCGCGGCCCCGGGACCCGGGCUGCCGGGUUCGCGACUUUCCUGCCAAUCAGAUGCGGAUUUCCCCCACCGCCAGCAGACCAAUCAGCGCGCAGGUGUCCUCUUCGGCCCUUCGGCUCGUCGGCUCUUCGGCCCUUCGGCUCGUCGGCUCUUCGGCCCUUCGGGCUCGUCGGAGUUCGGUGUUUCGCGGAGCGUUAAAGCGUGGUUCUCGUUGGUUUAGGUUCACGGUGGUUUGGUUUCUUUUUUUUUUUCAGGCACUUCCGGGUGCUGCGUCACUCCGCAACCCCACGAGUUCCGGAAGGUUGUGGAGCGCAGGUUCGGCUUGGAAAAGCCAAGCUUCCCAGAGAUGUUUCAGAAAGAGUUACUUGGAGCGGGGCGUUUCGCAGACUCUUAAGGUCCCAUUUUCCGAAAAUACUACAUUUAGUGAAAGGGCUGUUGACAGAAUGAGACUAAGUUGUACACGGCUCACAUCUAACGGUAUUGGGAUUCUGUCAUGUCCCUGGAACACUUUAUAUCUGAACAGCAGAAAUUACAGAGACCUUCAGAAAGGCAUGGCUUCCAGAGAUGAGAAUGCAGAGCGGACAAACAGAGUGCUAAGAAUCAGCCAGUUGGAUGCGCUUGAACUAAACAAGGCCCUGGAGCAGCUCGUUUGGUCCCAGUUUACUCAGUGCUUUCAUGGAUUUAAGCCAGGGCUGUUAGCCCGCUUUGAACCAGAGGUGAAAGCAUUCUUGUGGCUUUUCUUGUGGAGAUUCACCAUCUACUCUAAAAAUGCCACAGUGGGACAGUCAGUGUUGAAUAUUCAGUACCAGAACGAUCUAUCCCCAAACCUGAGCUACCAGCCACCGAGCAGAAACCAGAAACUGUGGUAUGCUCUCUGCACUAUUGGUGGCAAGUGGUUAGAAGAGCGAUGCUACGAUUUGUUUCGGAACCGUCACAUCGCAUCCUUCAGGAAAGCCAAGCAGUGUGUGAAUCUGGUGGUCGGACUUCUGAAGUUAGGCGGGUUGAUUAAUUUCUUGAUCUUCCUCCAAAGGGGCAAGUUUGCAACUUUGACUGAACGCCUGCUGGGCAUCCGUUCUGUCUUUCACAAGCCCCAAAUUGUCCGAGAAGUGGGCUUUGAGUAUAUGAAUAGGGAACUCCUCUGGCACGGCUUUGCCGAGUUUCUGAUUUUUCUCCUCCCCCUCAUCAAUGUCCAGAAGUUGAGAGCCAAGCUCUCUUCAUGGUGUGUCCCGCUGACCGGAGCCCCAGGCAGCGACAGCACGCUGGCAACCAGUGGCAGACAGUGUUCUCUGUGUGGGGAGUGGCCCACCAUGCCUCACACCAUUGGCUGCGAGCAUGUCUUCUGUUACUACUGCGUGAAGAGUAGCUUCUUAUUUGACAUGUCCUUCACUUGUCCUAAGUGUGGCACAGAAGUCCAUAGCCUGCAACCCUUGAAAUCGGGCAUCGAGAUGGCAGAAGUCAGUGUCCCAUAGAAACUAAAGUUGGUUCCUCUGAGAAGAACCGUAUUAUGUCUAAAUCCUUAGCAUGAGUCAUCCUGAGUGUACUACUUAGAUAUGUUUUAUGAGGACAUGUGCUUCUCAGCCACUGCCUUCUGUUCCUUCCCAGGCACAACCACAUUCUACUCGCACUGGAAACCACAUGAUCCUAAAUACGUGAUAUAAAUGGUAACAUGCUAUUUUUUUUUAAUCAUUGUGUUUAAUUUUUAACGUCAAGAAUAAUGGGCAGUUUUUUGGUGUUUGUUUUGUUUUUUUUUAAACAAAUGACCACUAAGAAUGCUCCAUUCUGCCACUUCCUGGAAAGAGGUGAGACUAAAAAUAAAAGAUUGUGGAAACUCUGG